CCUAACCGCCAUUAUCUAUUUCAAUGACGUCAUCAUCUUCUUCAUCAAAAUCCAAAUUCUCAAGUCCACUCUCAGAAAAAAGCUGACUUUCUCCACCAAUCACUAUGACUUCCUCUCGCCGUCUUCUUCUUCCUCUCGGAGCAUCGCUCACUAGAGGAAGAUUUUCUUCCGAUCAAAUCCGAAAUGGAUUUCUAAGAAACUUCCGUGGAUUCGCCACCGUAACUUCGUCGGAACCGGCCUUAGCCAAUCUGGAAGCGAAAUAUGCCGUAGCGUUGCCAGAAUGUUCAACAGUAGAGGACGAGAUCACGAAGAUCCGUCAUGAAUUCGAGUUAGCGAAACAGAGGUUUCUUAAUAUCCCUGAAGCUAUUAAUAGUAUGCCGAAGAUGAAUCCUCAAGGGAUAUAUGUGAAUAAGAAUCUGAGAUUGGAUAAUAUACAAGUUUAUGGAUUUGAUUAUGAUUACACUUUGGCACAUUACUCUUCUCACUUACAGAGUUUGAUCUAUGAUCUUGCCAAGAAACAUAUGGUUAAUGAGGUAAAAUCUCUUUUAGCCAAACUUGUUUUAGGGCUGAGUAUUGUUUUGAGAAUUAUUGGUUGUUGGUUUUCGCAGUUUAGAUAUCCUGAUGUUUGCACUCAGUUUGAGUAUGAUCCUACUUUUCCAAUCCGUGGGUUGUACUAUGAUAAACUAAAAGGAUGCCUCAUGAAAUUGGAUUUCUUCGGUUCAAUCGAGCCAGAUGGGUGUUAUUUUGGUCGUCGUAAGCUUAGUAGGAAGGAAAUAGAAAGCAUGUAUGGAACGCGGCACAUAGGUCGUGAUCAAGCGAGAGGUUUGGUGGGAUUGAUGGAUUUCUUCUGUUUUAGCGAGGCGUGUCUUAUAGCAGACAUGGUGCAAUAUUUUGUUGACGCCAAACUUGAGUUUGAUGCCUCUAACAUCUACAAUGAUGUCAAUCGUGCUAUUCAACAUGUCCAUAGAAGUGGAUUGGUUCAUAGAGGAAUUCUUGCUGAUCCCAACAGAUAUUUGCUAAAAAAUGGUCAGCUUCUACGUUUCCUGAGAAUGCUAAAAGAUAAAGGAAAGAAGCUUUUUUUGCUGACCAACUCUCCGUAUAAUUUUGUUGAUGGCGGAAUGCGCUUUCUAAUGGAGGAAUCUUUUGGCUUCGGAGAUUCCUGGCGAGAACUCUUUGAUGUUGUGAUUGCUAAAGCAAAUAAACCAGAAUUUUACACAUCUGAGCACCCUUUCCGUUGUUAUGAUUCGGAGAGGGAUAAUUUGGCAUUUACAAAAGUGGAUGCAUUUGACCCAAAGAAAGUUUAUUAUCAUGGUUGUCUUAAAUCCUUCCUUGAAAUCACAAAGUGGCAUGGCCCUGAGGUGAUUUAUUUCGGAGAUCACUUAUUUAGUGAUCUAAGAGGGCCUUCAAAAGCUGGUUGGCGAACUGCUGCCAUAAUUCAUGAGCUCGAGCGAGAGAUACAGAUACAAAAUGAUGAUAGCUACCGGUUUGAGCAGGCCAAGUUCCAUAUUAUCCAAGAGUUACUCGGUAGAUUUCACGCGACUGUAUCAAACAAUCAGAGAAGUGAAGCAUGCCAAUCACUUUUGGAUGAGCUGAACAAUGCGAGGCAGAGAGCAAGAGACACGAUGAAACAAAUGUUCAACAGAUCGUUUGGAGCUACAUUUGUCACAGACACUGGUCAAGAAUCAGCAUUCUCUUAUCACAUCCACCAAUACGCAGACGUUUAUACCAGUAAACCUGAGAACUUUCUGUUAUACCGACCUGAAGCCUGGCUUCACGUUCCUUACGAUAUCAAGAUCAUGCCACAUCAUGUCAAGGUUGCUUCAACCCUUUUCAAAACCUGAGAUAGCUUUCAUUCCCCUAAGAACUGAACAGAUGAUUUCGCUAGACGAGAAACUUUUCUUGUAUCGAUGACGAAUCAGACGACAAGAAGGCUUGCAAUUCAAUCUCAGAUUCUUGCUGCUGCUGAUGAUUCUUUUGCAUAACUUAAAGUGGCUAACACUUGAAAACAAAGGAUGUAACAAUUAGAGAUUUUUUGUUGGUUUUAGUUAGGGAUUAUGGUGCUACUUUGAAGUUUGAUUUCUAAAAACAUGAAAUAUCUUUGUAGAUUAUGGUGCAAGUUUAAUAAAGGCUUAAAAUGUUUUAAGUUGAGCCGUUUAUUCAUAAG